AUGAAGCUACACUGCGCGCUUGCCCUGAACUCCAUCUUCCUGGUAACAGUUGCUUGCCAUCCAGCUAGUCAGAAUGAGAGACGAGGCAGGGACCACAAGCUCCUUUUGAUUUCCUUUGAUGGAUUUCGAUGGGAUUAUGACCAGGAUGUGGAAACACCAAACAUGGACAACUUAGUCAAGGAAGGUGUGAGAGCAAAAUACAUCACUCCUCCAUUUGUGACUAUGACUUCACCUUCCCAUUUCACAACCAUCUCAGGCCGCUGGAUCGAAGACCAUGGUGUUAUCCAUAAUAUGAUGUUCAAUACAGAGACUCUGAGAAAAUACGGCCACAAAGAAACGCAGAACAAGAGUGAGUGGUGGGACAAUGGCGUUCUUCCACUGUGGAUCACAGCUCAGAACCAGGGCAAGAGAGUGGCCUCCUUUCACUAUCCCGGAGGAGGUGCCAAUUACAGCGGCCAGGCAGUCAAGAGGACGUUGGUCGAGUCCUUCACUCACCCCGACAGCAAUGAGACGGAAUGGAGGGAGAACAUUGACAUCGUCCUGGGCUGGUUUGCCAAGGAAGACUUUGAUUUCGUCACACUCUACUAUGGGGAGCCUGACAACGUGGGGCACCGGUAUGGCCCAGAGACUGAAGCCAGGAGAAAAAUGGUCCAGCAGAUUGACCGAACAUUUGGCUACCUGGUGGAAGCCAUUGAAAAGCAUGGCUUGAAAGACACCCUCAACGUCAUCAUCACCUCUGACCACGGUAUGACCACCGUCAAAAAGAGUCCAGCCGUGGAAGAGAUCUUAUUGGCCAAGUAUAUUAAAUUCAAGGAUGUAGUGAAGUUUGACAUUCUAGACUAUGGUGGCUUUGGCAUGAUACUUCCCAAGCCAGGAAAAGAAGAAGAAAUCUAUCAGGCCUUGAAAAAUGUUCAUCCUCAUCUCAAGGUGUACAAAAAGCAGGAGUUUCCUGAACAUUUCCAUUAUGCGAAGCAUAAACGCAUUCUGCCCCUCCUGCUUUAUGGAGAUUCUGGCUACAGCGUCAAUGGGAGGUUUAUCCUCUAUGUUAACAAAGGUGACCAUGGAUUCGACAACCAAGGCAUGGAUAUGAAGACCAUCUUUAUCGCUUUCGGCCCAGCUUUCAAGAAGGGAUACACUGCAGAGCCCUUUGAUAGCAUCCACAUCUAUCCACUGAUGUGUGAGCUGCUGGGAGUCCAACCAGAACCCCACAAUGGCUCUCUGGCAUUUACUCGAGACAUGCUCGUUCCCACAAAGAGCUUCCUCAUUCCAUUCAUUGUCAUUUGCAUCAUGGGAGCCUUACUUGUUCUGCUACCCAUCGUGGCUGUGGCCUGCAGGCUCAGUCACAGGAAGAAGAGUUGCACUCCUGGCGAGGUGCUGCUGCUCUUCCGUUCAGAGGAGGGUAGUACCGAGGUGCUGGAGUUGCUGUGA